UAUGGACUUCAAUAAAUUUCUCCCCACCUAUAAAUUGACUUAUUCGCACCGGAUUUUUGCUCCCCUUUUUGCCUAACAGGCACAGAGCGCAAUUGCGAAAUUAGGGUUUUCAGGUCUUCAUCCGUCUUCGAUUAGCAGACAUGGGAGGAGGCAACGGUCAAAAGGCCAAGAUGGCACGUGAGAAGAACUUGGAGAAGCAGAAAGCCGCCGGCAAGGGAAGCCAGCUUAAAACAAACGAGAAAGCCAUGUCCAUCCAGUGCAAGGUGUGUAUGCAAGCAUUUAUGUGCACCACAUCAGAGGUGAAGUGCAGGGAACAUGCUGAAGCAAAGCAUCCCAAGUCUGAUGUGUACGCUUGUUUCCCUCAUCUCAAGAAAUGAAUGAAAUGCGAGAAGGAGUUGUAGGGACAAACUGUGAACGUUAUGGCCCUCUAUAUUAAGCUUUCAGGAAUGAAUUUACCAACGGUUCUUCUGGAUUGAUAGCUAUUUAAUACUGGUUGUGAAGUGUUUGUGUGUGUUAAUGUGAGUGAGGGAGAGAGCGAGAGAAAGACGUGUAUCUCCUUGUUGAACUAAAUCUUGAUCUUAAAUGAUCAUGAAUGUUGGUGAUAUUGCUCUUUGUAAGACUUUACAUCAAUUCUUGUUAGCAUGUGCUUUAUGCUUGUUGGCAUA